AUGGAAUCUUUAAAUCAAAAAGAAACAAAUGCCGAAAAUUUUAGCAAUGAAAACAACAAUCAACUUCAAGUUUCAGAGCAACAACAGCAAGCAAACUCUUUGACGGCAUCUUCUUCGUUAUUGGUUAAUUUACGAAAUAACAACAGAAAUCCUGCACUCCAUCCAACUAGAGAGGAUUCUCCUUAUCCUGGACGUGAGGAACUUGCAGCGGCUUCAACAUUAAAUUCUUUAGCUGAAUCGGCAGCAACUGCAUCACUUCGACUUCAGCACCAAAUAAAUUUAAUGGCUCAGGCUAUGGCCACUCCCGGAGUUACAGCUGCUUCAUUUCCAAUUUUACCAAAUACAAAUUCUAUAUCAUCUUCUCCCCAGCCAUUAACUGGACAACAACAACCUUCUAUUGUUUGUGAUUCAACUAAUGGACUUUCUACAAUGUUAGGUCAUUAUGUAGCUGCGGCAGCUGCUGUUUCAACUGCUGUUGCUAUUCACCAACAACAGCGUCAAGACGUCGUCUCUGUAUAUAAUACUUCCCCAAAUCUGGUCACAAGUUAUUCAACACCUCUAUCAACAUAUUUUUCUUCACAGCAACAACAGUCAACAAAUAUAAAUAGUUCAAAUCAAAUCUCUUCAAAUUUUUCACAACAGCAGAAUUUAGUUAAUACAUCUUCAAAUGAUCAACAAAAUUCUGUACCGGUACCUGCUCUCUGCUCCUGCACCUUACCUUCCAUGUUUGCGGCAGCUGCAGCAACAUCUAUGGCCGUUGCUGCUGCUGGUGUCUGUCCUUAUCAUCAAACUUCAAUUGUUCGACCAUUAGUCAAUAAUGAUUUACAAAUUGAUUUAAAUAAUAAUGCGGAGACAGGAAUGCGUUCAAGAAAUGAAAAUAAUGGAAAUAAUAAUUCUGGUGAAACGGCAAUGUUGGCACAUGGUAGACAACGUCAAGCACAAAUUUUUCAAAUUCCAAAUCCUGGUUUUCAACAACAACAGCAACAACAAUUAAUUUCUUCACUCCUUCCUUCAACAACCACAAAUUCUGUUGUUCCACCUAUUGGUGUUAUUCAACCAAUACAACAUCGUUCUCCUAACCGAAUAUCACGUUCUUCUGCUGGAAGUUCUUCCUCACUAAAACGUUCAAAUACAACUGCAUUUCCUCCAAAUUUGGAAGCUGUUUCUUCUGCAAUGUUGUCAGCUAUUAAUAAUUCAAAUACAAUAAAUGUUUCUUCAUCAUCUCCGCCUUUGCUUUUUGCGAAUCCUGCACAAAUUCGCGACUUUUUUUUAUCCCUUUUUCUUAAUUUUUCUGGCCCAAGUCGUGCUCCAAAAUUACGUCGUAUUUUGUCUUUUGAUGAAGAUGUGUCUGAAAUAAAUGAAUCUGUCAGCCCAACAACUGUUCCUUCCAUUACUACCAUCUCAGAAGCAGAUAUUGAAGCUACAAGUAAUGCUACGGCUGCCGCUCUUGUUCAAAUUAGACAGCGAGCACAGACAUUGGCUGCCAUUUCAACACCCCUCAAUGAAGUCCUAUCAAUUGCAAACUCAAUAACACCUAAUGGGAUCCAAUCAUCAGCAUUAACUUCAUUACAACAAAAUCCAUCUGCUCUUCCUUUACAAAACCAACAGGCUGCCGCUGUGGCUGUGGCAGCUGCUUCUACUGUUGCCGCAGGGAUGGAACAUAUUGUAGCGGCUGCAUUGAGUGCUGCUAAUGCAGCAUCUGCUCUUUCUCCACAAGCAUUGGCUGCAAUUACGGGUGCAACGGCAGCUGUGCAAUGUGCUGUUUGUGCUGCAGCGGCGUGCCAGUCACGAUUGUCAAAUCCCGGUGCAACCCCUACAGCUGUAACUGCUUGUAGUUGUCUCCACCACCAUCAUCACCAUUUACAUUGUCACAACCACCAAACACUUUUACCACAUCAACCACCUCCUAUUUGUACUCUUUGCAACUCUAAUGUGACAAAUGGUCCACCAACGCCAUCUGUUAUUAAUAAUCAGAACAACAACAAUAGUGCAACAGUUGGAAUUCAAGUUGAUAAUCCAAAUGUUGGAGUGGUUCGACCUCAACAGGGAUAUUUGCACCAAUCUCGUCCGUCAGCUCUCAGCCUCUGCCCAUCUUCAAGUUCAAAUCUAAAUAGUUUGCUCAGUUCUGUUCCUUCCUUUGAAUUACUGAAUAGUGUAAAUACAGAUGAGUCUAAUCAACAGUCACAAAGAUUCUUACUAAAUGCAAACAAUAUUACCCAAUCAUUUGGUCAAUCAAAUGGUGCAUAUCAAUUGCUUUUGGAUGCUUACAACACCAAUAAUAUGCAAAGACAACAACAGUCGACUUCUGUAAGUAUCGGAAUAAAUAUUGGCUCCUCAAGUUUAUCGACUUCAAAUUCUUCUCAUCAACGUGAUCUUGCAACAUCUACAGAUUCACAAGGUCAGGCAAUGAUAAACUUACAGCAACAAGUUAAUGCACAGCAACAAGCUAUGAAUUUACAACAACAAGUAAUGAAUAGACAAGCUGCAUCUCUUUCACCUUCUGCUGUUACAGCAAUGUUGUUAAACAGUGCUGCAGCUAUGGGACAACAACAAACGAUGCAAGCAGUUCCUGCCCAACAACAGCAGCAAAUUCCGUCUUUGUAUAGUUUGCAACGAGGUGCGACUCUUAACGAAACCAAUUUGUUAGCACAAGUUCAAGCUCAACAAAACAUGAACACUGUUCAUCAAAGUAUUUUGGCUAUUCGUUUGGCACAGCAGGAGCGUGAAAGAGAAACAGCUAACCACUUUUACCAGCAACAACAACAAAUCCAACAAAGAACGGCCCAGGCAGCGGCACAACAUCGACAUUUGAUGCGGCCUCUUUUUUCGAUGCCACAAGCCUUGCCUGUUCCGAUGACACAAAUGGAUUUGUCAAGUCUCGUGCUUCUACACAAUCACCCUGGCGCUGAAACUUCAUUAGUUCUUAAUGGUGGUGGUUCUGCUUUAUCUACUGCUACUAACCCCCACCAUAUUGUUGCAAAUGCAAUGGCUGCAGCUACAGCGGCUGAGCCUCAGCCAGUUGGUGCAACAUUGGAACAGAUCAAAAGGCACUCGCAAAAGCUAUCCUAUGUUGAAGAUCCAAAUACCCCUGAGCAAGAGCGUGAACGUUGCACAAUCUGCCUUUGCGAAUUCGAGACUGGGGAUGAAUUGCGUGGUCUAAACUGUGGACAUCUCUUCCAUAUGGAAUGUAUUGACCCUUGGUUACAACAAAACAAAAAGUGUCCACUCUGCCGUGUUGAUAUGGAUAAAGGAAUUAGUGUGCCAGGAAGUAGUAAUGCUUUGGUAGGUGUUGGUUCUGCUGCUGAAGCUGCAGUUAUUUUAAAUGCUGCUGCUUAUGCUCAAGCUUCUGCUACUUCUAGUACAGCGUGUUAA